AUGGGCUUCCUGUGUAAUAGGCUGCAUACAAAAGGCAGGGUCCAUGUUUUUGACUGCUUACUAGAAAGUGCGUUACACAGCACAGGCGACUCGAUAGCAAGAAACAAAACACCAACGUCGCUUGAAAGCAAAGAUGCAAGGAACACAUGGCGGAAAAUCUGCGAAAAGCUAAACGAGCGCGCAGAGAUAAACAAAACCGUAGAGAAGUGCAAGRAGAAAAUGGCGUAUCUAAUAGACAAGUACAAGAACGCAAAAGAAUGGAAUAAAAAGCAAACUGGCGGGCAUAAGCGAAAAAGCCUUUUCUAUGACGAAAUCGAUGCAAUACUUGGCUGCAGGGAUGUUGUCACGAUGCACAAAGUGUCUGAGGCCGGGACAAGCUCGCCAACGCUGAACACCUCAAGCAGUAGCAUUACGGAUGACGAUACAGAAGUCGUACCCGCAAAGAAGGAAGAGAAAGUGGCAGAAAAAAAAGCCAAGCGAAACGAAAGGAAGGGGAAAAAGAGGAGGGCCUACGAAAGCGAUGAAGGAGAUGAAGAGCGCAAGGUAUUCAGCGAAAGCUUGAAGAGUUUUAAAGAAAGUGGAGAAAAACUAGGCACUUUCAUGGACAAUUUUGCUCAAGCACAGCAACAACAAACAUUAAUGAUGAAUCAGUUUCUUGGUGCAAUGACACAGUUCAUGAAAAAAGCUAGUGAGGAGAAACAAGACAAAUCCUCAUAAUCAAAUCGAACGUUUAUUUUUUAUCAUGAYGCUGUUGUGAUAUUGAAGGUACAAUUCUGAUAUGUAUAAUCAACAUUUAUUACUAAUUUUUCACACUUUUUAYGGUUCCGUUUUCAUCGAAACAAAACGCUUUGGUGUUUUAUAUAUUUGAAUAUUUAGUAUAGGAAAACAUUUUGUAUGUUUGAAAAGCUAU